AUGCGCGCCGAUCAGUCUUCAGAGCAUCCAUCACUCUCCAUUCUCAUUCGCAUUAACUCCGCUUCCCCGAUAGACGUACCCAUGCUUCAAGCUCCCAUCCUUAUCAUCGGUGCAGGCACUUGGGGAGCGUCCACUGCCCUUCAUCUGUCCCGACGGGGUUAUACCAACGUCACUGUCUUAGAUGCGUAUCAUCAGCCAUCCGCCAUUUCGGCGGGCAAUGACGUGAACAAGAUAGUCUCCUUCACUAACCGAAGCGAAGCGGACCCUCCCGCCGAGGAUGACCCCAACUUCGUCAACAAGACCUUUUUUGCCGCACUUACUAGGGGCUUUCAGCACGACCCGGUGUUCAAGCCACAUUUCCAUAAUGUUGGGAACAUCACUUCAGCUUUCUCCCCGGGCGGUCUCAAGCAUAUUGGACGGCGCGACCGCGGAGGCGACAUAGUGGAGCUCAAUGACCCGGAGGACUUCCGGAAGGCAUUUCCCUCGGGUAUUUUGACGGGUCCCCUGCCAGGUUGGAAAGGAUAUUGGAAAAAAACAGGCGCUGGGUGGGUGCAUGCUCGGAAAGCACUCGUAUCAGCCAUCACCGAAGCCAAAAGGCUUGGAGUCACCUUCAUUGGAGGCGACCCCGAGGGAAAAGUUGUCCGUUUACUAUUUUCAUCCGACACUGAACCCCGGGAUAUUGUAGGGGCCGAAACAGCAGAUGGGAAGCAACACUUUGCUUCCAAGGUCAUUCUAGCUGCUGGUGCAAAUGCGGACCAGUUUCUUGAUUUCAAGAAACAACUUCGGCCAACUGCUUGGACCCUGGCUCAUAUUCGCAUGUCACCAGAGGAAGCCAAGGCAUAUCGCAACCUACCGGUCCUCUUCAAUGCCGAUCAGGGCUUCUUCAUCGAACCAGAUGAAGAAAAGCACGAGCUCAAGAUCUGUGACGAACAUCCAGGAUACUGUAACUGGGUUGCGAUUUUCGAACCUUUUUGA